AUGGGGAUUAGGGUUGGGGGAAAGGGGGUUGCUGGGAUUGGGGAUGGAGAUUGCUUCUGUGAAUGGCAAAUGGCAAUUGAGGAAGUUAGGAAUUUGACAAAUCUUGCAGCACUUGAUGUUUCGAAAAAACAGAUUGUCUGGAGAGAUUCCAAGCAAUUUGGAAAAUUGUUUUGCUUUGGAGCUACUUUCUAUGCAGGGGAAUUUGGUGAAGUGCCUGCUCAAGGGGUCUUCAAAGAUGUGAGCGGAGUUGAGGUGUCUAGCAACAUGAAGCUCUGUGGGGGGAUCCGAGAACUGAAUCUUCACCUGUGCCCCGUGCAAUCGACUAAAAAGCCCAAGAAGCACAUUGCUUUCAAGUUGAUUUUGGUUUUGAUAAUUGUUGCCUCUUGGUUAUUUUUCUGUGCAAAAAAGUUGAAGAGUAAGCCACAAUCAACAUCAUCUUCCGUUGGGCAUGAACACCCAAAGAUUUCUUACGAAGAGCUCCUCAAUGCAACUAAUAGAUUCUCUUCAAGCAAUUUGAUUGGUUCGGGUAAUUUUGGGACAAUGUACAAAGGAAUUCUCGAUCCAGAUGAAACAAUUGUUGCAGUGAAGGUACUCAAUCUUCAACAACGUGGAGCUUCCAAGAGCUUUAUUGCCGAAUGCCAAGCUUUGAAAAAUAUCCGGCACAGAAACCUUGUCAAGAUUGUCAUUGCUGGCUCCUUUGUAAAUUUAGCAAGGAAGCUAGGAACCAUAGGGUAUGCUGCUCCAGAGUAUGGCAUGGGUGGAAAGGUCUCAACUGUAGGAGAUGUCUACAGCUACGGAAUUCUCUUGUUGGAGCUUUUCACUGGAAGAAGACCCACAGAUGAUUCUGUAAGUUUUCUGAAUAAAACUGUAUAUUAG